AUGGCGGGCAAUGGCAGUCCAAGUCCUCAGUUCCUGGCGCCUCCGGCCGUGACGGCCUUACGGCAGGAGGCCCGGAGCAUCGUUCCGAGUCUAACCCCUUCGAAUCGCUCUCUCAAUGACGACAAUGAUAUGCAGGAAGAACGUGCGGAGUUGAAGCAGGCGGCGGAGCAGACGUUGAACGUCAUUGUUGACCUGGAUCUCGAUGGCCGCAUCAAAUGGGUCAGUCCGUCAUGGAGACAGGUGGUGGGAACUGUCCCAGAGUCGGUGGAGGGACGGAUGAUUUCGGAUCUUAUUGUGGACGACAAGAAUGCCUUCCAAGAGGCAGUUGAGGCCAUGAAGGUGGAUGAUUCUCGAAGUCGCUUUAUUCGCUUCUCGUUGCUGAUGGGUCCCGACUCGGUUCUGAAAUAUUCCCCCGAACCACGACCCGUGGAACCGGAGACGACAGAAACUGGUGAGACUGACGGUGCGGGCGGCCAGGAGAGCCCGCUUGCAGAGACGGAGGAGCAAAGUCAUGAUAUCCUGAGCAUGGAAGCACAAGGCAUCAUGGCGUACGACCGGACGGCGGACGGGGCUAGUCAUACGAUGUGGAUGUUGCGACCGUUCUCUGAGCCCAGAGAAGUCACCAUAGAUCUCCCUCCUCUGCUGGUGGAAUCUCUAGGCGUCGGAGCCGAGGUAUUAGCGAGUUAUUUGACGACCUUAGCAGAAGCGGCUGCGAACGAACCCGAUCCCUCCAAGCAUCCUGCCCCCAACCCGGUAUUAUGUCGAAUCUGCGAGCGUCAAAUCACACCUUGGUGGUUUGAGAAACAUUCCGACCUUUGUCUACAGGAACACCGAGCCGAGAUGGACGUUCAAAUUGCCCAGGAAAACCUUAAUGAGCACCGUCAUGCGAUUGUGAAGGUGCUGGACGCUCUUGAGGCUAGACAAGGCAGACCCUUAGUGUUGGGUGAAUCUAAUCCGCCUUUUCCCCAGCCGGAAUACAAAGGACUGCCCAUUGGACCGUCCCCGAUUGCUUCAGCACCAUCAUCGGGGUCCGUUUCCAAUUCAAGUUCCGCCCCUGCUACUCCGCCUAGAUCCAGAGACCACUCGGUUUCGGGCAUGGGUCACUCCCGUGGUCGAUCGUUCGCUGUCCGGCGGCCGUUGUCGCGCGUCGUCGAACUGAUUUUGGAUCUCUGCGAUACGGCUUUGGAGAUCAACAUGCCGGUACUCAAGGAGGCUCGCGUAGACAACAACGAUGAAUUCCGAACUUUAUCCCCACAGUCAGAAUCUCGGAUUUCACAGGUUCUCCAGUGGCAGUCGCCCAGCACUAAUACCCUGGAACAAGAGCAAGGCCUAGCUGCGUUGUGCACUGAUACAGAGCAGGUAGCUAAAGCGAAAGUGGAUGCGACUAUUCGCUACCGCAGGAUCGUUGAGUACGCUGAGCGAAUUCGCAUCGAAUAUACUGUGCUGGUGGAAGAAUGCAUUACCGCAGCCCUUAGUAAGGCUGAGCGUAUCGCAGCCGGUCAACUCAGUGACUCCAGCUCUUCUGAGGAUGAAAAUGUGCCGGAUAUCCUUGAUAGUAACAUAGCUACUGGCCCCAUCCCCAGCCCGGCCCAGUCUCGGGAGUCUAUACCGUUACCCCGUCCAAUGUCCGCCUUGACGAUGUCCAUGCGGAACUCUCCCGAACGGCACCAGUCUCCCCACUCCUCUGAGGGUAAAGUGUCAUCGGUUGCUGUAUCUACUGGGUCAAAUAGUCCAAUGGAAUGUCCUACUCCUCGCUCGCACAAGAGCGUUGCCGGGGUGCUGGGCACGUCUCAACCGUCCCGACGCGCUCUUGCACCGGCAGAUUUCGAUGCUGGAGAGAUGAGUGACAGUAGCGUUCUCUCAUCUGCGUUUCCGGGUGCCAUGCGAACGGAUUCGCCGUGUUCCGAUCGAAGCUUGGACAGAAAGCGUAGGAGUCUAGUGCUUCCUGGACUAUCGAGCUCCCCUCGCCGGGGUCAUUCACCUGCCAGAGUUUCUGGCCCUCAUUCACCGUUGCGAAUGCCGAAGCCUCGCCUUUCUAGCGGCGCCGAAAGCUUGCCGUCUCCCAUAGUUUCCCCGUCGACGAACGCCAGUGAGCUAGCCCAUCAUCACUUCCGCCACCAUCGUCGCCAAUCUUCAGCAACCUCGUCCGAUGCUCCACGGCCACCCGUCUCGCCGCACCUGGCAUCGGCUAGCCAGCCGCAGCCGCGACCAGCGCCGGUGUCCAUCAAAGAUUUCGAGGUGAUCAAGCCAAUUAGCAAAGGUGCCUUCGGUAGUGUAUAUUUGUCGAAAAAGAAGACGACUGGGGAACAUUUUGCGAUUAAAGUUUUGAAGAAGGCGGAUAUGGUUGCCAAGAAUCAGGUCACCAAUGUCAAAGCAGAACGAGCUAUUAUGAUGUGGCAGGGGGAAAGUGAUUUCGUUGCCAAAUUAUACUGGACCUUUUCCAGCAAAGAUUAUCUCUAUCUGGUAAUGGAAUAUCUCAAUGGGGGUGACUGUGCAUCUCUUGUUAAGAUCUUAGGUGAACUUCCUGAGGAUUGGGCUAAAAAGUACGUUGCAGAAGUAGUCCUCGGGGUAGAACAUCUCCAUAGCAGAGGCAUUGUCCAUCGAGAUUUGAAACCAGACAAUCUAUUGAUUGAUCAAACCGGUCACCUUAAGUUGACUGAUUUUGGCUUGUCUCGGAUGGGGCUCGUCGGGCGUCAGAAGCGGGUUUUGAAGAGUAUGAACAAUGAGCCAGCGCCCGAUCUCCUCAAACAGGGACCUUUCCCUCGCGCUACAUCCAUCACAUCCUCUCGGUCAGCCUCGUUUGAUUUUCAAGGUAGCGGUUCGCCAGGAUCCACGCCAUUGAUGACCCCUGAUGUGGCUGGCAGCAUGCCCCAACCGUCUUAUUUCAACCUCAAUCAGAGUGGAAUUAGUCGACAGACGUCUCGUCGGGCAUCGGGAUAUCGCAGCGAUAGCGUAGGCAGCGAAGGUUUGAAUUCAGUCUUCCGAUCUCUAUCCCUCCAUGACCCCAGUGAAGUGCAGGGUUCAUUGCCUGUUCCUGUGCCUGGUGCUAGCAACUUGACCGAGGAUGGCCAAAGUGAAGCAGGAGGAUCUCCCCAUCUAUAUCCGCUUCAGCAAACGCCUAGUAACUCGGUCCCGUAUGACACUGGUCCGCAGCAAGGUAUGAUGCCGCCAUUGAUGGCGCUCUUCGACCCCGAGGACCAUAACCGUCGUUUUGUUGGCACUCCAGAUUAUCUGGCCCCCGAGACCAUUAACGGCGCGGGCCAGGAUGAGAUGAGCGACUGGUGGUCCUUGGGUUGUAUCAUGUUUGAAUUCCUCUUCGGCUACCCUCCUUUCAACGCAAAUACCCCAGAUGAAGUGUUCGACAAUAUCCUCCAUCGGAGAAUCAACUGGCCGGACCACGUGGAAGAGUUGACGAGCUCGGAGGCUAUUGAUCUGAUGAAUAAGCUUAUGACUACCGAUCCUGCUAAGCGGAUUGGAGCUAACGUGGACGAAAAGUAUCCGAAUGGGGGAGCAGAGAUCCGUAGCCAUCCUUGGUUUUCGGACAUCAAUUUUGAUACCCUACUGGAUGACAAGGCGCAAUUUGUCCCAAAUCUUGAGAACCCGGAAGACACCGAGUACUUCGAUUCCCGUGGAGCUACACUUCAAGCCUUCUCCGAGGAGCUGGAGGAUGGUGACUCUCCUCGGCCUGUAACCACCGGACCAUAUCCAGAUCGCCCGCACGAUGCCCUUUUCAAGGUUCGCUCACAGGUCAAUGCAUCGAAGCGACCCUUGAUGCCGCUGCAUAUCCCGCCUCAUGUCCGCGAGUCACGUAGUAGAAGACUGAGUGAGCCUUCUUUGGAAGAUGACUUUGGCAGCUUCUCUUUUAAGAAUCUCCCGAUGCUUGAGAAGGCAAACAAAGAUCAGAUACAGAAAUUACGCCAAUCGGCGAUGCAAGCACAGCAGCGCCCGUUCGCGGCUUCGGGCGCCCAGCAACAGCCUCCAGGAAAGGACCAGGGGCAGAAUCAGGCACAGACGCCGGCACCAUCUUCGUCUGGUCCGUCCCUGGAAGGAAGUCCAUUACCAAUGUCGUUGCAGCGAACCAUGUCACAAAGUAAAGGAAACAAUCGACCCUCCUCCCCGUCAAGCCAAGCGAACUCCUCUCCCAGUCGACCGUCUCAGCCUUCGUCCCCUCUUCUGGUUCAAUUCAGCACUGGUCAUCACAACCAUGAACGCAGAAAAACAUCUGGUUCUUCGUCGACCAACUCGCACCACUCCAGUGCCUCUGGCCCACCUGCUAGCGCUGAGCAGGCUCGUAUGGCAAGCCUAAAGAUCAGCUCAUCCGCUUCGUCGCCGGUGAAAACAAGCCGAGCCACCACAACUCAUUCACCUGACAAGACACCAUCAGGCCCUCCCCGUCACGGCAGUGCGCCCACGAGGGCUAGAUCACAGACUAUCGGGUCCCAGGAUGGUGAUUUGUCUUCCUCAGUAGCCAAGGAAUUAUAUGUUGCUGGUCACUACAAGCGACGCAGCCAACGAUUCAACGAUAUCUCACCUUCUUCGUCCGACAAUGAAGACCCACGUACGAAGCAGUUGUUCAAAAACCAGCGACAACGCCAAAGUUCCAGGCGCCUUUCCCAGCUUAACUACCCCGAGGGCCCAUUCUUUCGGCCGUUGGAUGUACUGAUCUGCGAGGAUCAUCCGGUCUCCAGGAUGGUGAUGGAACGCCUGUUUGAGAAGCUCCGUUGCCGUACGAUCACCGCUGUGAAUGGCGCAGAGGCUAUGCGCUACGCUCUCAGCCAAGUGCAAUUUGACAUUAUCAUGACGGAGUUCAAACUGCCCCAGGUAAAUGGAGCAGAUGUCGCGCGUAUGGUUCGGGAGACACGGAGUGCUAAUCGACACACCCCAAUUAUUGCUGUAACGGGCUAUUUGAAAGACUUCCCGGAGACUCACUACUUCGAUGGGCUGAUUGAGAAGCCCCCAACUCUGACCAAGCUUACCGAAGCAUUGUGUAAGCACUGCCAGUGGAAACCUCCACCGAACGAUUCUAUUCCUUCUCAGCCUUUGGCUGUUCCGUCCGCAACACCACGCCAGAUGCCAGUUCCUGCUGAGCACAGUCCAAGCUCAGUAACAUCAUCCAACUUUGUCCCGGUGCCUGCAAGCUCGUAUCAAGGUUCUAGUCGUGCAGACUCCAUCGGCAGUAGCUACUUUGGUGAUAUGGAGUCUGUCAAAGCUGAGGAUGCCCCAAUUGUCGGGGGUCGUAAGACUGAUGAAUGGUGUUCAAGUCAAGGUGGACUAGGUAUAUCAGGAGAUACGGGUCCAAGUCAAGGGGAACCGACCCAAGGGACUCCUGAAUCCAAUAAUAAAUGCAACUCAGACCCUGCAUCGCUACCGCAUUUACUUCACGCUGUCUCCGCCCCGGCUUCUAUGAAUGCCUCUGGCACGCUGACCCCGCGGAAGCAGCGCUCUAGUGAAGCGAUUCGCGCCAGGAGAGAAUCUUUGGAAAGAAAACGCUAUGAGGGCGCGGAGUCUGGUGAUGAUGAAGACGAAGAACUUGGACGUUCCAAGUCACGCACACAAAGCCCGAGAAAUCGGUCAACCCGCCCCGGCUCUAAACUGGGCAUAGAGAUGAUGAGGACCAACAGCAGAGGCAGCGUGGUCAGUGGCAGUGAGGAGUUACUCAAGAAGGAGAGAGAAUCGCUCGAGAGGAGGAGGAGGAGUGGAGGCUCAGAGAGUAUCAGCGAAGAGCGAGCGGAAUCUCCUGGCAUAGAGAAUAGGUUCGAAGGGCUCCAUUUCCCUGAAGACGCGAUUGUGCUGUCGGAAGACAAUUAUAGCCCGAGGCAGUCUCCCACACUUUCCGCGUCAAAUAUGAGCCCCUGUUUCUCUACAAUGCCUCGUCUAGGAUCCUCGUUUGCUCAUGACAAUACCGAGACAGGCCUAGGUGUCAGCCCGGACGCGAGCACGGAAACUCUCAAAAAGGGCCAUAUAACUCCUCCCAUCGUGUUCACGACGGAGGAUGAGUCCGCAUCGGUCGACCCAAACACACCUUACAUUCAGAUGUCCAGUGUCGAAGAUGACACCGAAACAAUCCCUGAUUCUGAAGCCACUCCACGGCCGAUACAUACCCCUUCACUCGGCUUAGAUUCAGAGAUUACACCUCGUCAAGGAGGAUGA